CACUCGGAGACUCGCACACGCGCCGAGACCGUCCCAUCGGGGCUCGUCGCGUCGUCUACGCCGCCGAACCGCAGAGGUGGACCCGAGCCAACCGCCGGUGUCACCCCGUCGAUUGCGAGGCGAUCUGAGGAAACAGAGAAAGGGAAGGAGUGAACACGGGGUGACGGGUGACGACAGGGAGCAGCGAUGACGAGCUUGUUCAAGAAGCACAAACGCACGCCCAAGGAGCUCGCGCUCAAACUCGCGAAUGCACUCGACCACCUGAAGGACUCGGGGGCUGAAAAAGAUCAGGAAUCGUGCGGCAAGUACCUCGGAGACAUGAGGGCGGUCAUGUACGGCGACGGCGAGAAUCCGCCGGAUCCCGCGCUUCAAUCGCAGCUCGCCGAGGCCGUGUUCGCCUCCGAGGGGCUCCUCGCGGCGGUCGUCAUCCACCUCCCGAAGCUCUUCUUCGAAUCCAGGAAGGAUGCCGCCGCCGUGUUCAACGCCCUCGUCAGGCACCCGCUCGAGCCCGACGAGAGGCUCCCGUUCGUGGCGUACCUCGAGGCGCAGCCGGAUGUCGUGGAGCGAUGCCUCAGCGGAAGCGAGCUCGGGGAUCAGACCGUGGGGAACGACAACACCGCGCUGACCUACGGGACGAUGCUGCGGGAGAUGGCGAGGUACGAACCGUUGUGCCGGCGCGUUCUCUACUGCCCGGGAUUCGCCAAGAUGUUCGAGUACAUGCAGUCGGCGUCGUUUGAGAUUGCGUCAGACGCGGCGGCUUCGUUUCGCGAGAUUCUCACCAGGCACAAGGCGUUGGUCAGCGAAUACCUCGAGAAGAACUUCGAGAACUUCUUCGGCGCGUACAACCAGAUGCUGGAGAAGGGAAACUACGUCACGAGGCGGCAGUCGCUCAAGCUCCUGUCGGAACUGUUGCUCGAUCGCGCCAACUUGUCCUCGAUGCUCAGAUACAUCGGCGACGUCGAGAACCUGUGUUUGAUGAUGAACCUGCUGCGAGACGAGGCGAGGAGCAUACAGUUCGAGGCGUUCCACGUGUUCAAAGUGUUCGUCGCCAACCCGCAAAAACCCCCGCCCGUCGUGGCCAUCCUGAAGAAGAACCGUGAGAAGCUGAUGGGGUACCUGGCCAACUUUCAAAACGACCGCGAGGACGAGCAGUUCGCGGAGGAGAAGGCCAUGCUGACCAGGCUUCUCGAGCAGAUGGGCGACGACGACGCCGCCCCGGCUCAAUAGCUCAACAUAGCUCGACGCGGGAUCAGCGCGCGUUUCGAACGAGAGCGUGAUUCGGUGUCGCACAAAAUCCAUCCUCGCCUUCGUCCCCGCGGGUUUCGCUAAAAGUUACAGGAUUCGGUAGGAUUUGGACGGGAUGCGAAACAGCGCGUUGAGGGGCGCGAUGGGCCGGUUGUCUAUGACCUCCGUCCCCUCUGCCCUCGCCCUCCUCGCCGCCUCCUCGAUCUCCUUCUGUCUCUUUCGCUCGGCUUUUUUCUUGGCCCGCGCCGCGCGCCGUCGUUCGCGCUCCGCC